AUGAGUGAAGCUGACCUGGAGCGAUUAUAUGAGGAGUGGGAGAAGAACGAUCCAGAGAGAGAUGAUGACGAUGAUGAACCUCAAAAGCGUGAACGCAUUGCAGUUGAUUUGAAAGAUGCUGCAAAGAUUAAAAAUCCGGAAGACUUGCUGAAAAUGACAAAAAAAGGUCAAACGCUAAUGAUGUUCGUCAAUGUUCGAGAUCCACUAGUGCCCUCAAAGAAAGAUAGGUCUUACACGGAGAAGAUGACGGAACUCUGGCGUUCGAUGCUUCACAAUAAUCACGUCCAAUGCCAAGUUUUCUUAAUUGACGACGAUCGGGCCAUUUUCAUGUUUCCUGAUGGUUCGCAAGCAUUUGAGGCUAAAGAUUUCUUGCUGAAACAGGCUGAGGUCACCGAGGUGACAUUGGAGGGGCAACAAUACCCCGGUGCUGGAGCUGCUACGAAAGAAGAGUUGUGA